AGAAAAGAAAAAACUCGCACGGAACUCGCCCGAGCUUCGUGUGUCCCGUCCAGGGCAAAUGUUCUGAUCAGCACAGUAAUGCGUUAGAGCUGGACGAUAUGGUUACAGUAGACGGCAGCACCAGUGACUCCAGUUUAAACCUCCAGCCAGAAGAAGCAACUCAUAGCAGUAAAAGCUACAGAGUUUUUCCUUCCUCACUGCUUUCUCCUAAAAAGAAAACCCUCCACUUCUAGGCUCUUUACUGCAGAGCCUCCAGCCAGUAUGGAGAUAUCCUCAAAUGUCCACCCCAGUCACCUGCCAAGAUCCAGAAUAACUCCCAGGAAGGAGAAUGAGAGGGGAACCAUGGUGCCUCCCAGAAGUCACCGACAAAGGGCAUCGAAGGCAGGCCAGCUCCCUGAAGCACCAUCAGCGAGGAAAGAGAGGCUACAGAAGGAGAAACCAGAGACGAAUGAGGUGAAGGUAGAGCAGGAGACAAAAGUGAAGUUGAAACCCACUGUGGUGGACAUAGAUAGUGUGAGAGAUGAUGAGGCCAAGGAGGAGGACCUGGGGCUCCUGGAAGCAGCGGCGCAGGAAGACGGUUUGAAGCGCAAGAACCUGGGCGUGUUUGAGUGGCUGCUGAUGGUCUUUGCCUUGGCUCUGAUUCUCCUCUUCCUCCCUCUGUCCAUCUGGUUCUGUGUGAAAGUAGUGAGGGAGCAUGAGAGAGCUGUGAUCUUCAGACUGGGUCACCUACUGCGUGGAAGACCCAGAGGUCCAGGCCUUCUUUUCUACCUCCCACUCCUUGAUGUGUGUCACAAGGUUGACAUCCGACUGAAAAUGCUGAAGGUCCCUCUUCACACGGUGGUGACAAAGGACAUGGUAAGGCCAGAGCUGAGUGCGGUGUGUUAUUACCAGAUAGAGAACGUGGCUCUGUGCAGCUCAGCUCUGUCCAGUCUGACCACAGUGUUGCAGACUCUGGUCCAGGCAGCGGUCAGAGACGUCCUCGCCCAACACACAUUAAGCCACAUCCUGCUGCACAGGAGGAGGAUCGGUCUGCAGAUACAAGCAGCUGUUGACUCUGUUGCUUGUCGCUGGGGCAUCCGGGUGGAGAGAGCAGACCUAGACGACCUCAGUUUUCCUGUGGAGUUACAACAAAGUCUGGCUGCUGAGGCUGAGGUCAAGAGACAACAGCAGGCCAGAGUAAAAGCAGCAGGAGGAGAGACAACUGCCUGGGAGGGGCUCAGGGCCUCCUUCCGUCACCUCCAUCCUGCCUUGGUCCUUCCAUUCCCCCCAGAUCUCCUCAGUCUGACCUCUGACAACUCAUCUCUACCUCCACCUCCUCCUCCUGCUGUGGAAGAAGAGGGAGGAAUGACAGAGGAGGAGCCGGAAACGGACUCACCAAUGAUGUGACAGACUGUCAACAGAUACAUUUUUAUCAUCAUUAUUAUUUUCAAUAAACAUCGAAAAUUUUAGGAGAUUUUAACCAUGUGUUCAAGACAAAACAUCUCAAGCCAAAUGAUUGUUUAUUUGAGCACAAGAGAGAUGUGAGUUUAACAGAAAAGUUUUUUUCUUCAAGCAAAGUCAGUGCUUGGAAUU